AAUCAAUUCAAUAAAAUGCUGAGAAAAGUUCUUCUUCUUGCUUUUAUUGCGUCAGUUUGUGGAACUUCUUUUGACUGUAAAUACGAAACAAAAGGAUGGGCUUAUAUUGGAAGUUUAUAUUCGUGUAUAGCGGAGCCUAAAGAGCUUACAUCAAAUAAAACUGUUGAAAGUUUUCAAGGAAAUCAUGAAGUGAAUGGAACUAAUGACGAUGUAAAGGUUGUAAGCUUUGAAAAUUGUCAAAAAUUGAAAUUUAUUCCUCAAGCAAUUCACAAAAUAUUUAAGAAUUUUAUCGCAAUUCGCUUCUUUAGCUGUCAAAUUGAGGAACUCGGAAGCUUUGACUUGUCAGAUUAUCAUGAUCUGAAAUGGAUAGUCAUUUAUGGAUCACUAAUUACAAACAUUCCUGGAGAUUUCUUCAUGAAUAAUUUAAAUUUAAUUUAUGUGAAUUUCAACAGGAAUAAGAUUAAAAAUAUUGGAAGAGGAUUGUUCAAUGGAUUAAAUAGUUUGAAGCAAGUGACAAUGAAUAGUAAUGUGUGUAUUAAUGGAGGUGGUUUGGAUACAACUUUAAGUUCAUUUAUUAACAAAUUGAUGUUAAGUUGUCCGGAAUAUGUGCCUACAACAACAGUUACUGAAGCUUACUCUACUUAUCCUGGAAUAAUCUAUACAGACUCUAUAGUAGAGAACAAAGAUAAUGAUUUGUCAGUUGAUUUUACUACAGAAAAUAAUGAACAGUUUACAGAAAGUUGGUCUACAGAACCAUCAACAGAAGCUUCAUCAAGUAAUAUUGAGGAAUUUCCACCAACUUACUCAGUAGAGCCAACAACUGAUGACGCUACAAAUAUUUCUGAAACUUUGACAACAGAUUCAUGGAUGCAAGAAACUACUGAGACAUCCAUGGAAUAUACAACAGAAACGUCUGAACAAACAACAAUUGAGUUUAUAACAGAACCUUCAAUAUACACUACUCGUGAUAUUGAAGUUGAUGCUACAACAAGAGGUGUUUUGGAUGAAAUUUCAUCAAGUUCUACUGCGGUUCCUUCAUCAACUGCUGCUGCUUCAACAUCUGCAUCAAUUACUCCGUCAACUUCCUUAUCUUCAACAUCAAAAGCUCCUAAACAGUCAACAACUCAAGCUGAACCCACAACAUCAAGCACACCUCCAGUUCCUUCAACACAAGAAAGUUAUACAACAACAACACCAUUUUCCACAACAAUCUGCUACACAACAACAACAAUAUCCCCUGAAAAUUCCAGCACAACAGAAUAUCCUAAAUUUUCCACUACAACAACUUCUAAAAAGCCUUAUUACGAAGAAGAUAUUUGUGACAUCAAAAAACUGAAUGCCAAAUUUGAGAAAGCCAUCGAAAUGUACUUAGAAUUAAGCACCAGACCAUGCUCCAGCUGAAGGAAGUGAAAUUUUAUUUGACAUGAUGAAUUUAUUGGUUUACAAAUGUAAUUUGAAUAUGUUAUAAAAAUAUAUUGUAUGUUAUAUAAUUAUUUAAUAAAUAGAAAUACGAUGCAGC